AUGUCGUUCCUGCCUAGCCGUCUUUCGCUGACUGCCCGCGCCACGCUGCGCGCCAUUCCCCGUGCCCAGGCCUCUGCCCUGCGCAGCAUUGCCACCUCGGCUGUGCGCCUGAGCGAGCAGCCCCCCAUCAUCCAGGGUUCGGGCUCGCCGACUGGCACCAUCCCCUCGGACGAGGACCAGAGCACCGGUCUUGAGCGCUACGAGCUCAUGGGCCGCCUGCAGGGUGUCGACGUCUUCGACAUGCAGCCGCUCGAGGCGGACCGUCUCGGUACCAAGGCGGAGCCCGUCAAGGUCCGCAGCAUGUACCACGAGCAGAUUGUCGGCUGCACUGGUGUUCCCGUCGACUCGCACGAGACCCUCUGGCUGAACAUGAGCCGCGAGAAGGAGUUCACGAGGUGCCCUCGCUGCGGUAGCGUCUACCAGCUCGAGUUCCUCGGUGAGGAGGGCCACCACCACCACUAA